GCUGGGGUUUGAGGCUGAACCGGUGACGUCAACUUGGAAUGCGGAGUCAGGCGCCACAGCUCUCUAUAAGCAGAGGAGCUGUCCGGUGCUGAAACGGCCCGAGCCUUCACCCAGCGGCCGAGGAACAUGCUUAGCAUCUUCCACACCAUAUAAGACAGAGGAACUCUUUAAAACAUGGCAGAAGGUAAGCCCUACCGACUUGGAGCAGCCCUGUCUCUUAUCCAUUUAAUUUUCCUCAUCUCUGGAGCCGAAGCAGCUUCCUUUCAGCGAAACCAGCUGCUUCAGAAAGAACCAGAGCUCAGAUUGGAAAACGUCCAAAGGUUUCCCAGUCCUGAAAUGAUCAGGGCUUUGGAGUACAUAGAGAAGCUUCGGCAACAAGCUCACAAGGAAGAAAGCAGCCCAGACUACAGCCCCUACCAAGGCGUCUCUGUUCCCCUUCAGCUAAAAGAAAAUGGUGAAGAAAGUCGCGUGUCAGAGAGCUCAAGGGAUGCACUGAGUGAAGAUGAGUGGAUGAGGAUAAUACUUGAAGCAUUGAGACAGGCUGAAAAUGAGCCCCAGGCUGCCCUUAAAGAAAACAAGCCCUAUGCCUUGAAUCUGGAGAGGAACUUCCCAGUGGACUCAACUGAUGACUAUGAAACUCAACAGUGGCCAGAAAGGAAACUCAAGCAUAUGCAGUUCCCCCUGAUGUAUGAAGAGAACUCCAGGGACAACCCCUUUAAACGCACAAAUGAAAUCGUAGAAGAACAAUAUACACCCCAAAGUCUCGCUACACUGGAGUCUGUCUUCCAAGAGCUGGGGAAACUGACGGGGCCAAGCAACCAGAAGAGGGAGAGAGUUGAUGAAGAGCAAAAACUCUACACAGAUGAUGAAGAUGACAUCUACAAGACCAACAACAUUGCCUAUGAAGAUGUGGUAGGGGGAGAAGAUUGGAGCCCCAUAGAGGAGAAAAUAGAGACUCAAACCCAGGAAGAGGUGAGAGACAGCAAAGAGAAUACAGAAAAAAAAGACCAAAUCAAUGAAGAAAUGAAACGGUCAGGGCAGCUGGGGCUCCAGGAUGAAGAUACCCGGAAAGAGAGUAAAGACCAACUCUCAGAAGAUGCCUCCAAAGUCAUCGCCUAUUUGAGAAGGUUAGUGAAUGCUGUGGGCAAUGGGAGGUCACAGAAUGGGCAAAAUGGGGACAGGGAAGCCAGGUUUCCUGAGAAACCUCUUGAUUCUCAGUCUAUUUAUCAGCUGAUUGAAAUCUCUAGGAAUUUACAGAUACCCCCUGAAGACUUAAUUGAAAUGCUCAAAGCUGGGGAGAAGCCAAUUGGAUCGGUGGGGCCAGAGCAGGAGCUUGACCUGCCUGUUGAUCUAGAUGACAUCUCAGAGGCUGACGUAGACCAUCCAGACAUGUUCCAAAGUAAGACCCUCUCCAAAGGUGGGUACCUCAAGACACCUGGUCGUGCUGCAAUGGAGGCUUUUCCUGAUGGGCUCAGUGUUGAGGACAUUUUAAAUCUUUUAGGGGUGGAGAAUGCAGCAAAUCAGAAGCCCUCAUAUUUCCCCAAUCAAUAUGGCCAAGACAAGGCUCUGCUGAGGCUCCCCUAUGGUCCUGGGAAAUCUAAAGUCAACCAGCUUCCCAAAGCUGCCUGGAUGCCAGACGUUGAAAAUAGACAAGCACCUUAUGAAAACCUGAAUGACAAGGACCAAGAAUUAGGAGAGUACUUGGCCAGGAUGCUAGUUAAAUACCCUGAGCUCAUGAAUUCAAACCAGAUGAAGAGAGUGCCCAGCCCAGGAUCUUCAGAAGAUGAACCACAGGAAGAAGAGCUUGAGCAAGCCAUCAAAGAACAUCUAGGUCAAGGCACCUCCCAGGAGACUGACAAACUGGCCACGGUGAACAAAAGGUUCCCUGUGGGGUCCCUGAAGAAUGGUGAUAACCCAAACAGACAGUACUUGGAUGAAGAUCUACUCAUGAAAGUGCUGGAGUACCUCAACCAAGAAGAGGCAGGACAGGGGAGGGAGCACCUUGCCAAGCGAGCCAUGGAAAAUAUGUAACAGGCUUUAAUCAUUGCCCGAUUUUCACUCCUUGACCCCAUGUGUACCCCCUACAUUUCUCUCUAGUGUGUUAACUUCUAUCCUGUUAACACUGUAAUAUCUUUAAAUGAUAUACAGGCAGAUGACUCCAGGCCGUUUGGAGAGUUUGCUUCACUUACUCUGAGCUGUUCUCUUGUGUAUGGAUAUGUGUAAAUGUUAUGAUUCUUGGAUUAAAAAUUAUGUCCUUUAUGUAAGAAAGAUAUCUAUGAUAAUGUCUAAUCAUGUAACUAACGGCUGUGGCAUUGUCAAUGCUCAUAUAUGACAGGAUGAUCUAUAAUUCUCUUGGAAGUUUUUAACAUUUAUUGAAUUAUUUUGUUACUGUCUGUAGUGUUUUGUGGAGUACUGAGUAACAAUAAAGCAUUAUAAAUAUAUAGUUUUACUUAUAAGGCUUUUUCUAUCAUGUCUUUUAUUGUUUAUUAAUAAAUAUUAU